CAAUUUGACGAUUCUAUAAUGUGUAAUCCGGUAAAUAUUCUGUUUUUAGAAAGUGUACACUAUGAAGACGUUCAAAAUACUGUAGUUUGUGUACAUAACUAAGUUUUUAAAGUGUAGUGAAAGGCUUACAGAUUGUAUUGUUUUGUUUGUGAUUUCCUAUAAUUUAGCGAUCCAUUGUCAUACAAAAAAAUAAUUAGUAAUUCCUAAUUAUUCUUCAAAUACAACAGUGAAAUAUAUAAAGUUACGAAGUGAAAAUCUGUUAUUACAAAUGGGAGAUAAAUAAAAAAAGAAAGCGGUGCAUAGAAAUAGCGCCAGAAUAAUUGUUAAAUAAUUUGAGUAAAUAGUCAUAUUUGAGUUGACUAUCAUGACAGACACUAGACGAAGAGUCAAGCUUUACGCUCUGAAUGCUGACCGGCAAUGGGAUGACCGGGGAACGGGGCAUGUUUCAUCAUGUUUCGUAGAGAGAUUAAAAGGUACAUCAUUAUUAGUAAGGGCAGAGUCAGAUGGAACUCUGUUGUUGGAAAGCAAAAUACAACCUGACACAGCUUAUCAGAAACAACAAGACACUUUGAUAGUUUGGUCAGAAGGUGAUAACUUUGACUUAGCUUUAAGUUUUCAAGAGAAAGCUGGCUGCGAUGAAAUUUGGGAGAAAAUAUGUCAGGUUCAAGGUAAGGACCCAUCUGUUGAGAUAACCCAAGACAUAGUGGAAGAAUCUGAAGAUGAACGUUUUGAUGAAAUGUCCGAUAGUGUGCAACCAGUUGAGCUUCCGGCAUGUGAAAUGGGUCGGUUGGAAGACAUCAGUGAACUGGUGAACAGCUGUCUAGUUUCACCAGCAAGGAAAGAUAAACUAGCAGCGGCAUUGGAGAGUCAACAUUACAUUAAGAAACUUCUUAACUUGUUCCACAUGUGUGAAGAUAUCGAAAACAUAGAAGGGUUACAUCAUCUAUAUGAGAUAUUUAAAAGUAUAUUUCUCCUCAAUAAAAACACACUUUUUGACACAAUGUUUGCAGAUGACACUAUUUUUGAUGUUGUUGGUUGCUUAGAAUAUGACCCUGGUUUGCCUCAACCAAAAAAACACAGGGAAUAUCUCAAGGAACUAGCCAAAUUCCGUGAGGCUAUACCUAUAAAAAAUAAGGAUUUGUUAGCUAAAAUUCACCAAACCUAUAGAGUACAAUACAUUCAGGAUAUUGUUCUUCCGACACCUACAGUCUUUGAGGAUAAUUUGCUAAGCACAUUGUCCAGUUUUAUAUUUUUUAAUAAGGUAGAAAUAGUGAAACUUAUAGAGGAAGAUGAGAAAUUCUUGACAGAUUUAUUUAAGUUGCUGAUGGAUGUUAAGACACCCGACAGUAAGAGGAGAGACUUAGUUCUAUUUUUAAAAGAGUUUUGUAAUUUUUCACAAAAUUUACAACCUCAAGACAAAGAUGCCUUUUAUAAGACAUUAGUUUCAUUGGGUAUACUGCCAGCUCUAGAGAUAACUUUAAGUAUAGAUGAUCAGAAGACCAAGACUGCAUCUAUAGAUAUACUGACAUAUAUUGUGGAGUUUUCACCAUCAGUUGUAAGAGACUAUACAUUACAGCAAGCUAACAAUACUGAGGAGGAACAAAUGUUACUGAAUAUUGUAAUAGAACAAAUGUUGAGGGACCAGGACCCUGAACUUGGUGGUGCGGUGCAGUUAAUGGGUGUAUUACGUAUUCUACUCGACCCUGAAAGCAUGUUGGCCUCAGUCAAUAAAAGUGAGAAGGUGGACUUCCUCAAUUUCUUCUACAAACACAGUAUACAAACCCUUAUAGCCCCCUUAUUGCAAAAUACAACUGGUGAGAAACCAUCGAAGGAGGAUUAUCAUACUGUGCAGCUUUUGGGACUUGUACUUGAACUACUUUCAUUUUGUGUCGAACAUCACACAUACCACAUAAAAACUUGUAUAUUAAACAAGGAUCUUUUGCGGCGCAUUUUGGUUCUCAUGAGGUGUACACAUACAUUCUUAGUGCUUGGAGCUCUAAGGUUUAUGAGGAAAAUUAUUGCUCUUAAAGAUGAGUACUACAACAGAUAUAUAAUAAAAGGAAGUCUCUUUGCACCGGUUGUUGAUGCUUUCCUUAGAAAUAAUGGCAGGUACAACUUAUUAGAUUCUGCGAUAUUAGAGUUAUUUGAAUUCAUUAAGUUAGAAGACAUUAAGUCGCUGUGUUCACACGUUGUGGAAAACUAUGGGAAGAUCUUAGAGGAUGUGGAGUAUGUACAAACGUUUAAGGCUUUAAAGACGCGUUAUGACCAACACCAGGACAAACUUAAGGAAAGGGAUCGAGUGAGCGGUAGCGUGGCUGUCGCGGAGGCUGUGGUUCCGUCGCUGCUGCGGACGAGAUACCGCCGCGAGGCUCGCCAGCCUGACGACGAGGAGGAGAUGUGGUUCAACGACGACGACGAGCUGGAGGACGACGCGCCCCUCGACGCCGCCGCCACGCACGCGACCGCACACCACGCGCUCGACGCUAUAGGCAAGAUAGUGGAAAAGAAAGUAUGUUCGAGUACGGAGACAGUGAACGGUCCUAGCAGGGUGUUGCUCAGCACAUCUCCCAAGCCUGUACACACCGACGUUCAGGUAUCCACGCCCAGAUUACUCAAUAAGGGCCUGGUGGAUUACGAUGGUGAUUCAGACGAGGAGGACGAAGGCGGUACAUCCGCUCAUACUCCUGGCGAAGAGCGUGACGCCAAGCGGCCGCGGCUCGCGUAAUGUACACGUGCGGUAAUAUACACGUGUUUAAUAUCAAGGAAUAUAUAUUAUGGAGCGGAAAGCAUGCUCUCCAACCAGCCCGUCUCUUAGCUGUGCGACGCCUAUCCAGAUAUACUCUAGGAGCAGUACAUGCAAAAAAUUUCUGUGGUUAGCAGUGAUAAUUUCCACUAUGUAUAUAGUGUACCACAAUAAAAUUGAGUAAAUGUAUCCAAUGUAGGUAAACAUUUCAGGAUAGAUUGUUUAAAGUACAAAGGUGUUUGUGGGAAAAAUAUAAUAUUGUAAUGAUCAUCGUUGAUUGAAUUAUAUAUGUAUAUGUAAAUUAGUGUGUCACAACUACAAGACCAAUCUCUAUGGGAGUCUUAAAAAUUUUAUAUAUUUGCUGUGGAAUUGUUACUCGUUUGUGGUGUUUGUAUGAACAUAUUCUUAAUUAUUUAAUUCGGAUCACUUUGCACUUAUAUUUAAUAGCAUUCCUUUUUUUUUUUCAACUUCUCAGAGAUAUAAUUUAAUUGUUAAAUGAAAUGAAAAUCAUUUUGUAUUAUGUCUUUUUAUAAAUAUGAUUUUUAGAAGAAAAUUUGGUUUUAUUUAGUACAUUUUCACAACGGAAUCAUCUAAAUUCUCCUUAUUAUUCCCAAUUGUUAAGUUUAUUCCUUACCGUGUAAAAUAAUUCAUUAUAAAUCUGUAUACAUGUUAAUAUUAUCUAUUCAUAUAUUAAAAUAAAAUGAUUUUUAUUACAUUUGUGAAACAUGUAUGUUUUAUGUCAUAUCAUUUGAAAAUUUUAUCUCUGAGAAGUGACUAUUGUUUCUAGCUUUUCUAAACAUAUCUAGUUACACUUAUAUUUGGAUCUUCUGCUGGAAACUUCCAUUGAAGCAAAAUUUUAUUUUUAUAUUCAUGACCAUAAUUAUUUCGGUGACAUUUAUCAAAAUGAGAUCCAGAUGUCUAUGUCGUUAGUUAUGUUAUUAAAGUUAUAAAUAAUGUCCAUCUCUUCCAUCACCAAAACCUAUUCUCGCGAUUACGUUACAAGAAUAUUCGCGACAAAUUUGUUUUGAAAAAAAAAAAAAAAAAAUUGGCACGGAGAAAACAUAUAUUUUUUAGUACAGCUUAACUAGCUUAAGUAGAAUAAGAGCUAUGUGGAAAUUAAGAAAACUAAACAACACCCACUAGAAAAGAAACAAGCAUAAUCUGUACGGAGUAACAUUGAAUGUCAAUGUUAGUUUGUUAACGUCAGAUUCAGUUGCCGUCUCGCUUUGCAUCCUGAUAUCGGAUAUGUGAUAAAUGAAUAUCUAAAUAGGAACAGUUUAAUUUUUAUUACAUUAAAAUAUAUAGUUUAAUCAUUUUUACUUUGUAAAUAACAUAGAUAUAAUAUAGUAUGAAGGCGAUCGAUUUUGUAAUUUGCCUGAGUUGUUUUGUAUUAGGUAUAUUCAGUGUGUGAUUGCCCUAAUCAUAGCUAUAGUUAGCGUUAAUAUAGUAUUGGAAAUAAGGGCUGUGUAAACAUUUGAUACAUACAUACAUGAUGAUACAACAGAUUUCUUAUGAUGGACGACAUUUUGUGCUAAGGAGAAAAAAAAUAACAGAUUAUAAUUUCAUAGUUUUUAUAAAUGACAGCAGCUAAUUGUUCUAAUGCGGUUUUAUAUAAUACAUAUAAAAUAUUAUAAAAUUUAAAAAAAAAAGUAAAUUAUUGAUUUUCUAAUAUUAUUAUAUAGUGUAUAAUAUGUAUUGUAUAACAAUUAAUUUGUAUUGUGCCCUAUGCCAGAGUAAUUAUAUGUAUGUGAUCUAAUAGUCUUUAAAUGCCACACAAACAAGGAAACAUAAAAUGUGACAAUUUCUAUAACAAAUUCACAUAACAUGUGUAACUUUGGACAUCAAAUAGUAAUUUCUCGAGACACGUUCUGUUGAAUAUAUCAAACAACUUGAUAAAAUGCAAUAUUAGAUCGCCCCUAUGUAUUUAUAUAUACCGAGCCAAAUAAUCACUUUGGUCGUAACAUCAUAGCUAGCAGGACUUUUGACAUUGAUUUAAUAUGGUAUACAUGAAAAGUGAGCACAAUAAAUAAUUUUUUUCAUGCAAUUCUACACUAUCAGCGUGACUGUGAAACGCUUCAAACUAAUUGUGGAAUGCAUGUUUAGAAAUAGUAAUUUAUUUGGUGUGUAUUAUUAUACUUUACUUGUACAAUACGUUAUAUGUCGUGUGGAUAUUCAUCGGCGAUCCAUACACGGAAUCUUCUAAUCACUGCAACACACACAUAAUUUAUAUACAUAUAUAUAAAUUAUUUAAUGCAUGUGUAUCUGCCCUAGGAAGACAUAUCAAUUUUUUAUAUAUUUGACAAUGGAAUUAUUGAUCUCUGUGUUAACGAAAUAAAACUAUAUAACCGGUUACAUGGAUGACGGUCGCAUGGAAAUAGUUGGACAGGUCCUAACAUAAGAUUGAAAUACACGAAUUCGAUGCUUAAUGUAACAGUUUAAAACUUUUUAUACUUAUUAUAUGAGAUCGUUUGUCGAUAUUAUUCAAUGCAUAUUCUUUUUUACACAAACGUUGACCUGUUCAAGUAUUUUCAUUCAUUAUUAUUAUUUUUUUAUUUCUCGAAUGUUCUAUUUCGUUCAUGUGAUUGAUAUAGGCGCUCACUUGGUAUGCACAGUUAAUGCGAGACUUACAUACGUGGAAUGGAAGCGUCAGAGAGAUUGUAAAUAGAUGUUUUAUGUAAUACUUUAUUUUGGUAUCUGUCGGAACAUCCACGUGUUUAAUAGCGUAGAGCUGUCAAUUAGAUUUAUACGAUACUUAUAUUCCUUGAAAUAAAUUCCCCGUUGAAAAUGGAUUUUUAGAUGAAAGUAGACUGUAACAACUAUUUUUUAUCUGUCUAGGUGGAUGACCAUCAUAAACUAAUUUAUACACAAUAAAUUUAAAUAGAUUUACCUAUUGGCAAGUUGUGUAAAAUAAAUAAGCUUACUAUAAUGCUAUUAUUACGAUGUCACUAGUUACGUAAGCAAUAUAAACAUAAGGAAAUACGA